CACCCGAACCCAAAACCCGAUCCAAUAACCCUAUAGGAAGUCAUACACUGAUACACUCAUACAUGUGUUCUACUGUUCUAGUCCAUCCCACCCCAAACAUUGCAAAAGAGAAAUCAAAGUAUACAAAACCCAAAACCCUCCAUUUUCAACUACAAACACAACACAAAAACACACACUCACUUGUUCUUUCUUCUCCAAAAUGUCAAUUCACUCAGUGGUAAUCCAGAAGCUUCUAAGCACCAACGCCCAUCUCGGCCGCCGCAUCACCGCCCACCAUUGCAAGCCCUUCAUCUAUGGCAGUCGCAAUGGAGCCUCAAUCAUCGAUUCCGACAAAACCCUAAUAUCCCUUCGCAAUGCCCUCGAUUUCAUCUCCCACCUUGUUCGCGGUAAAGCUCGAUUCCUCUUCGUCAACACUAACCCCCUUUUCGACGACAUUUUCGAUCAUAUGACUCGCAAGAUCGGCCAUGGUUCCUUUCUCUCUCCUCAAGCUCAGUACUGGCGAUUAGGGGGUUUUCUGACGAACUCUUCUAGCCCUAAAAAGUUUAGGUCUAGGAAUAAGAAGAUUUGUUUUGCUCCUGCUCAACCUCCUGAUUGUGUUGUGAUUACGGAUUUUGAGAGGAAGUCGUCUGUGAUUAAUGAGGCUGCUCGGCUUCAGAUUCCGGUUAUUGGGUUGGUUGAUUCGAGUGUUCCGAGGGAGGUUUUCGAGAAAAUUACGUACCCGAUACCGUGUAAUGAUUCUGUUCAGUUUGUUUAUACGGUUUGUAAUUUGAUUACUAAGACUUUCUUGCUUGAACAGAAGAAUUUGAAUUUGGGUGAUGCUUCGGGUACUGAUGCUUCUGCUACUGAUGCUUCACCGGGUGAGGAAGCUACGGUGACAGAAGAUGAUCAAUCUCCGCAAUCUUCGCAAGAGUUGAAGCUUGCUGAUGCUUGAUGCUGUUACAUUUGGAGGCUUUUGGGUGGAUAAUUUUUUGAUGGAUCGGAAGGUUAGGAAGAACAGGAACAGUUUCAGUUUAUCGUGAAGUAGUUGAUGCCAUGUGACAUUCUGGUAGAAUGUUAUUGUUAGGACACUUGCUCGAGACGGAUCCUUGCUCGAGACUAUAGCUGAGGUGUUUCUCAUGCUAAUUUUUUCCUAUUUAUAAGUGUUAGAAUACAAAUUUUGUAUAAAUUCUUUCUUGUAUGUUCCAUUAUAACAUGUUGAAAUCCAUUAUUGCAGAAGUCAAAUUUGAUUAAACAGACUUCACUGAGCCCCGUGCUGUUUUCUGUAACCUUGAAUAAUCAUUUGAGUUAUAGAGUGCGGUUAUGCUUUGGUUCCUGAAAAGCUUAAGCCAGCCUCCUAGGUUGAUGUUUCAAUAAAAGUAAAUUUUGAUUUUCUA